GAACUAAGACGUGGGGGCUGGCUUUGGAGCCUUGUUGGCCUUGUCCCACGGUACCGCGACCGCCUUUGGUAACUCAGAACAUCUUAAACCUCCACCAACCGCCAUCUACUCGUUACAUCCUCGUCAUUUUCAUCCUCCAACAUCUAUCUUCACAUACCAAUUCUAAAGACUGGUUUUAAAUCACAAGCAAUCUACACAUUUCCCCUCUACCUGACUCCAUCUUCAACAUCGCUAUUAUGAGCGCUAUCACCCUCACCAGCUCCGAUGGAGUUGAUAUCUCUGUUGAGCGCACCACUGCUGAGCGCUCCGUCUUGAUCAAGAACAUGCUCGAGGACCUUGGCGACUCCGGAGAGGCUAUUCCCAUCCCCAACGUUAACGAGGCUGUCCUCAAGAAGGUCAUCGAGUGCGCCAGUGACGACGACGACAACCGUCGCAAGACCACUGAUAUUGAUGAGUGGGACCAAAAAUUCAUGCAGGUCGACCAGGAGAUGCUUUUCGAGAUCAUCCUCGCCGCCAACUACUUGGACAUCAAGGCCCUCCUUGACGUCGGCUGCAAGACCGUCGCUAACAUGAUUAAGGGCAAAUCCCCGGAGGAAAUCCGCAAGACCUUCAACAUUCAGAACGACUUCACUCCCGAGGAGGAGGACCAGAUCCGCCGCGAGAACGAGUGGGCUGAGGAUCGUUAAAUGAUGAUUGUAUGUCUGUUCUCUUUUUUAAAACAGAAAAUGAUAUCCUCCCGGCUGUUUACGACAAUGUGCAGCGUAGCCCUUGAUGUCUAGUAGGGUGAUUAUUUUUUGGGGGCGUUUAAUUUUGCUAUUUUUCUUGCAAGGUUGUUUGAUUUCAUUUGGAAAAAAUCGCUAGCCUUGCAAUGACAUUUGUUACAGAA